UACCAUUGACCGUGCCCUGCUGGACGUGCCCUUCCUUCGACUCCCUGAGGAGAUGCCAUCUGACCUCCGAGAGCAGCUGGACCACACAUUCUGAAGAUACCAGUAGUCCUAGUUUUGAUCCCUCAUACACAGACCUGCAGCUCAUCAGUGCUGAGGAGCAGAGGAGUGGCAAGGCUUCUCAGGCUGACUCAACUGACAGUUCUUCCUCAGUCCAGGAAGAUGAAGAGGUAGAGAUGGAGGCCAUCAGCUGGCAGGCCAGUAGUCCAGCCAUGAAUGGACAUCCUGCCACUCCACUGACCUCUGCUCGUUUCCCCAGCUGGGUCACUUUUGAUGACAAUGAGGUCAGCUGCCCUUUGCCACCAGUCACCUCUCCCCUGAAGCCAAACCCACCACCUGUUGCAUCUGUGAUCCCAGAUGUGCCUCAUCACUCAGCUGGGUCAUUUAAGAAGAGGGAACGUCCCAAGAGCACUUUGAUGAACUUUUCCAAAGUUCAGAAGCUGGACAUCUCAUCCUUAAACCAUCCACCUUCCGUAACUGAGGCUCCACCUUGGAGGGCAACCAAUCCUUUCCUGAAUGAGACUCUGCAGGAUGUCCAACCCUCCCCUAUCAACCCUUUCAUUGCUUUCUUUGAGGAGCAGAAGAGGCGCUCCCAAAACAGUUCCAUUUCCAGUGCCACAGGCAAGAGCCAAAGAGAUUCUCUCAUUGUCAUCUAUCAGGAUGCCAUCAGUUUUGAUGACUCAAGCAAAAACCAGUCCCACUCUGAUGCUGUUGAAAAACUCAAACAACUCCAGAUUGAUGAUCCUGAUAGUUUAGGCAGUGUGACAUUACCAGAUGAUGACCCUAUAGCAUGGGUUGAACUAGAUGACCACCCACCUGGUUUAGCACUGUCCCAGCCCAGGCAUGGGUGGCCAAUGAUGCUAAGGAUCCCUGAGAAGAAAAACAUCAUGUCAUCUAGGCACUGGGGACCCAUCUACAUCAAACUGACAGACAGUGGUUACCUACAGCUGUAUUAUGAGCAGGGUCUAGAAAAACCAUUCCGUGAGUUCAAGCUGGAGAUCUGCCAUGAAAUUUCGGAACCCCGGCUCCAAAACUAUGACGAGAAUGGCAGGAUCCACAGCUUGCGAAUAGACCGUGUCACCUACAAGGAGAAGAAGAAAUACCAGCCCAAACCUGCUGUGGCCCACACAGCAGAGAGGGAACAAGUGAUUAAGCUGGGCACCACCAAUUAUGAUGACUUCCUGAGUUUCAUCCGCGCUGUUCAAGACCAGCUCAUGAACCUGCCAGUGUUGUCAAUGGACUUGAGCACAGUUGGCUUGAACUACCUUGAAGAGGAGAUUACUGUGGAUGUCAAGGAUGAAUUCUCUGGCAUUGUGAGCAAAGGAGACAACCAGAUCCUCCAGCACCAUGUCUUGACACGGAUCCACAUUCUGAGUUUCCUCUCUGGGCUGGCAGAGUGCCGCCUGGGCCUCAACGAUGUCCUCGUCAAAGGGAACGAAAUAGUUUCCCGGCAAGACAUCAUGCCCACCACCACCACAAAGUGGAUCAAGCUCCAUCAGUGCCGUUUUCAUGGGUGUGUGGAUGAGGACGUAUUCAACAACUCACGGGUUAUUCUGUUCAACCCUUUGGAUGCCUGCCGGUUUGAGCUCAUGCGGUUCAGGACAGUAUUUGCGGAGAAGACCUUGCCUUUCACACUCAGGACAGCAGCAAGCAUCAACGGGGCAGAGGUGGAGGUGCAGAGCUGGCUUAGGAUGUCAGCCGGCUUCUCCUCUAACCAAGACCCGCUCAUUCAGGUUCCCUGUGAGAAUGUGAUGGUUCGUUACCCUGUGCCCAGUGAGUGGGUGAAAAACUUCCGCAGGGAAAGCGUCCUGGGGGAAAAGUCUUUAAAAGCCAAAGUGAACCGGGGGGCGAGUUUUGGCUCAACUAGUAUGUCUGGCUCUGAGCCUGUCAUGAGAGUAACUCUGGGAACUGCCAAGUAUGAACAUGCCUUCAACUCCAUUGUGUGGAGGAUAAACCGACUGCCUGACAAAAAUUCAGCUUCUGGUCACCCACACUGUUUCUUCUGCCACCUUGAACUUGGCUCUGACCGGGAAGUGCCUUCCGGAUUUGCCAGUCAUGUGAAUGUUGAGUUCAGCAUGCCCACAACUUCUGCCUCCAAAGCCACUGUAAGAUCCAUCUCCGUGGAAGACAAGACUGACAUCAGGAAAUGGGUCAAUUAUUCCGCACACUAUAGCUAUAAGGUGGAAAUUGAGCAAAAGAAGAGUUUGAAGCCGGACUUUGAAGGAGAUGAAAUGGAAAAUCCCAAGGAGUGUGGGGUCCAGUUUAUCCUCCUCGUUAAAAAGCAAUCAUUGACUAAAAGAAUUGGUCUUCUGGGCAUGCAGCAAACAUUGAACGUAGGAGAGGAGAUGAGGCUACAAGAAACAACAAAGAUGAUGUAUAAAGGGUUUGAAGGGAGGUCUGGCCACGAAGGUGGCAAGAAGCCCCUGAAGCAGUCCAAGAAGCAGGCCAAGGAGAUGGACGAGGAAGAUAAGGCAUUCAAGCAGAAACAGAAAGAAGAGCAGAAGAAACUCGAGGAGCUAAAAGCGAAGGCCGCAGGGAAGGGCCCCCUGGCCACAGGUGGAAUUAAGAAAUCUGGCAAAAAGGAGGGCGGAUGGGAAGCCGCCGCUUCCUCCCUGAAGCGGGCUCGGCCGCGCUGUCUCGAGAAGGGCACCCCGAGCAGCCUCAAAACAAAAACCGCGUCUGGGGAAUUGGGCGAGUCCACAAGACCCACCGUGUCCACUUCAAUGCAGUGGAAGCCUAAAUUGUACAGAUCUGUGAUUGAAGAUGUUAUUAAUGAUGUGAGAGACAUCUUUUUGGAUGAUGGAGUUGAUGAACAAGUUCUUAUGGAACUAAAAACUUUGUGGGAGAAUAAACUAAUGCAGUCUAGGGCAGUAGAUGGAUUUCAUUCGGAAGAGCAGCAGCUUUUAUUGCAAGUUCAGCAGCAGCAUCAACCCCAGCAACAGCAACAUCACCACCACCACCACCAUCAGCAAACUCAGCCACAGCAGACGGUACCUCAGCAGGCGCAGACCCAGCAGGUCCUUAUUCCUGCAUCACAGCAAGCUGCUGCACCACAAGUUAUAGUUCCUGAUUCUAAGCUGAUACAACAUAUGAAUGCGUCAAACAUGAGCGCUGCUGCUACAGCUGCUACCUUGGCACUCCCUGCAGGUGUGACACCGGUUCAGCAGAUACUAACAAAUUCAGGCCAGCUUCUUCAAGUAGUCAGAGCAGCCAAUGGUGCCCAGUAUAUCUUCCAGCCUCAGCAGUCAGUGGUUCUCCAACAACAAGUUAUACCACAAAUGCAGCCUGGUGGAGUACAAGCUCCUGUUAUACAACAGGUACUGGCCCCUCUUCCUGGAGGGAUUUCACCACAGACGGGUGUCAUCAUUCAGCCACAACAAAUCUUAUUUACAGGAAAUAAGACUCAAGUUAUACCUACAACAGUGGCUGCACCUACCCCGGCGCAAGCACAGAUAACUGCAGCUGGCCAGCAGCAACCACAGGCCCAGCCUGCUCAAGCACAAGCCCCACUGGUGUUACAGGUUGAUGGAACCGGGGAUACGUCAUCUGAAGAAGAUGAAGAUGAAGAAGAAGACUAUGAUGAUGAUGAAGAGGAAGACAAAGAGAAGGAUGGAGCUGAGGAUGGGCAGGUAGAAGAAGAGCCCCUCAACAGUGAAGAUGAUGUGAGUGAUGAGGAAGGACAGGAACUCUUUGAUACAGAAAAUGUUGUUGUAUGCCAAUAUGAUAAGAUACACAGAAGUAAAAACAAAUGGAAAUUUCACCUCAAGGAUGGCAUUAUGAAUCUUAAUGGAAGAGAUUAUAUAUUUUCCAAAGCCAUUGGAGAUGCAGAAUGGUGAAGAGUUGGUUCUUUUCUUUUAUAAAUAAAACAAACUUAAAAAAAAUUUAAAGUGGACAGUUUGAAACUUGGGACAUACACCAACCAAAACUUAAUUUCUGCAUGUCAGAAAAGUGCAGUAGAAUCAAAGCUACUGGAACAAAGAGACCUUGACAACAGACACUACUAACUGGCAAGCCAUGGAACUGUAGCACCUGGGGUUGUUGGGGUGGGGGAGGUUGGGGUUUUGGAAAACCAUAAUUGUUGAUUUUAAAUACAGGUACCUGCCACCAGUAAUUAGCAUGUAAAGCUUUGUCUAUAUUCCUUCCUUCAACUUGGGUUCAAUCAGAAGAUACUUGUUGGAACGAACUGAAGAAAAUUCCCUUUUGAUAGAUUGAACUGAAACUGCUUAUUGUAUGUGGUUAUAUUUGGUAAAAAUUGCGUGUGAGCUUUUUACAAAAGGGUAAGAAUUGUGUUGAAUUUUAAUUCACUUCUAUAAGGAAACAAUUUAGAACUCUCGUUGUAAGUCUUAAAUAUUUUUACUAGCUAUUCUCCCUCAGUAAUAUAUACCUCUUCCUUCCCUGCUUUAUGAAAUAUCUGUUUAAGAGUUAAAGGAAGUAAUCAGUGAACACAGUUUGGAGGCAAAAUUUGACCCAGGAAUGAUUAUUUUAAUUAGGUUUUCAUACUUAUUAAAUGUAACUUGGGCCUCAUUGAGUUGAAUAGAAUUAAAAUGGCAGCUUUGGUUUCCUUACAGAAAAAUAUUUGUUUCUUUUAGUCCCAUACCUUAUAAAGAAACCCCAGAGUGGCUCCUCAGGAAUACAGUUUUAUUUCACAGAGGUACCAUCUAGCUGAAAUUAUAUACAUAAGAAUAGAUAUAGAUUUUUUCCUGUUGGGCUGAAGUAUAUGCUUAUACAUAUGUUUAAUCUUUAAGCUAAACAGACAUUUAGAUAACAUUCUGUGCAUUGACUGAAGCAUUGGGCAGGUAGUGAGGACCUGGAUUUUUUUUAAACAGUUUAGUAAUUAUAAAAGUUUCUUGUGUUUACUAGUAAAGAAUUUAAAAACUGUUCUAAUUGAACAAAUUUUUUUAAUUGCAACUUUGUAAUUUGAGGGAGAAAUUUAGGGGUUAGAGGGGGUUGGGCCACUAAGUACAUAUUUACCUCUCUUUCAUUUGGUGGCCCUUCCAGGCCAUUGAUAAUGUAGACAUGGGCUCCAGUUUGCACAUUGAGAAGAAAGCAUAGAAAAUUUGACUUGUAUAUUAAGAAUAAUAGAAAUGUAAUAUGUAUAUUAAGAAUGCACAGCUCUGUAUUCUAUAAGGGGCUCUAAAGAACAAUAUGGCAAUGCUAUGUUCUGUGUGAACUAGUUGCCUGGGAGAACUGUAGGAACAUUUGUCUUCAUCUAUGUUUUCUUAUAACUAAUUCUUUUUCAUGGUCUAUCUUGACAAAAUUCACAUGGUUUAAGUUACUUGUAUAUUGAUUUUUUUUUAAGUCUUCCAUUUUUGUCUUCUUUUUAUUUGCCUUUGUGUGUUUCCAGAAAUAACAUAUUAACACUUUACAUUGCAAAGAAAAACUGUGAGCUAUUAUAUGUUUAACACAAAUCUAAAAAGGCUAAUCAAUUCUUUUUUUUUUUUUUUUUGCCUACUUCCCACCCCACGUACCAACUUGGUCCCUUUAACUUAUGUUCUGAACUUUGGUGUAAAUGAUGGUUUCUAGCAUGCUAGUAGUUAGGUUUUAUUCAGAUACCAUUAACUGGUAAUACGGUUUUAAUUUUUACUAUAUUUAGUUUUUUGGAGGGGAGGUUUAUUUGUUUACCCCACUACUCUCAAAGCACACACAGGUUUUUCUGUUUGUUUUUGUUAAUGAAUCUGGGAGAAGAGAAGGGAGGGAGUGAAAUCAAGGAAGUCCUGUUGUUCAGUUGUCCUUCAGUAUAGUUGCUAAUAGGUUUAUAUUUACCCAGUGAAGAAGUCAACGACCUGAACUACCUAUAAAAGUUUAGCAGUGCUGCAAUGUUGAUUGAACCCCUUUGGCUAUAUCGUAGUUCUUCUGCUACUGAACCUUGGAUUACUAUAGGAUACACAGCUCGUGUUUUGGGCCCUCUAUGUAGACAAACAUUUGUAUUCAUAGUAGAAUUGUAUACUGGCCUGUUUUUAUAAUGUUAUUUUCAAAUAGGAACAACCACCGCUUUCAGAGUGACUCACUAGGGUUAUUUUGAAGCAGGAAAUAACCGUUUGUAUUUGCACCUGUGUAUUGCAUAUUAAUUAUGGCAUACUUGGCAAAUGCUUUUCUUUUACCUGUUAAAAUUCUGAAAGCCGGUCCAAACAACACUGCAUACCAAAUUGUGCUCUUAUGUAUUAACUGCAUCGUGUUCCUUUUUAAUCAAAUAGAAUGUUUUGGUUUUAUUAUGGUGGCUUGCUAUAAGAAUGCCACUUGCUUAUCUUUUACUGUACUUGAAUUCUUAAUCAUGCUUUUACAUUGUAUUUAACAAAUCAUUUCAUUAGGUUCCAUAAACUGUCAUUCCUUUGAAAAGGCAAGGAUUCCCACUUUCAGAAUUUUAAAAUGAAAAUAACAUGUUUGUUCAAAGAGGGAAAAUAGUUCAGACUUGGUAUUAUGAAAAUAAGUAAAGGUUUCAGAAGAGGAUUUGUUUAGAUUUGCACAGAUGGUGAUGGCACCUUUUACUACAAAAAAAAAAGGAAAAUUUACACAAAAUUACUAGGUAAAGUGUGGAAAUGUGUGCCUUUCAGUAUAUGUACUCUUUUUUUGGUGGUCCUUUGGAGUAUCAGACCAUUUGAAUUGCCUGAGAGCACAUUUAAUUUCUGUGGAGAGCCACAUUGGGCUAAAACAACUUUAAUGUGCAAUUAGUUUCUAGAGUAAAAUGUCUGUUAUAUGAGGGGGAUCUUUAUAUUGGGCUUUUAUAUUUUUUUAAAUGUUCACAUUUCUUUCUGUUAAUUAAAUGCCGUCAUAUCACAUUUAUAUUGUUGCCUCUCUUAAAAUCAAAGCCACCUUGAUGUUAUUCUUAGGAAUACAUCAGGAUCUGAGCGGUGUGUAUAGUGAUUAAAAUGUGUUCUUGAAGAGCAUAUUCUAAUAGAUUUUGGUUUUAGCAAGAACAUAAAAAUAUAAUAGCUUUUGUAUAAAGAUUUUCUUUUGCUAUAUUGGAAGUCAAAGAUUUGGUUUUCUUUUUUCUGGCUUUUAUGGAGGAAUAAAAAAGGGUUGUCUCCCUCUAAGAGUAAUUUUUGGUUACCUUACAGCAAUAAUGUCACCAUUCUUUUCAAAAGGUAAAUAUGCCUUGUACAGGAAAACAGACAUAAUUUCCUCUUGGGAGUUCCCUUUAUAACUUAGCAUUUUCUUCCACUUGAGAAAAUUCCUAUAUUUUCGGAUUAUUUCAUCUUGAACUUUUUUGAACUUUUGUGCAAUGGAAUAUUUUAUUGAUCCAUCUUUGUACAUUUUCAUUUUAUUUCAUGUCUGUUUCCCAUCUGAGUCAGCUAUUUCAGAUUUUGAAUUCAUUGGUUAAAGCAUAGUUGCUUUAAAUAGUUCCUCAUGAGUUUAUAUUAAAUAGUUUUGCAUUUUAAUCUAUUAUGCUAUGGAAAUUACUCUGAAGUUUAUAAUUCCCUUUUUAAGCCUGCCUUAGCCUAUCUUUUGUCAUUUUUUAUGAUUUAAGGAAGAACACACCAAACUUAAUAUUUGUGUUUAUUUUGAGGAGCAAGAGAAACAUUUUUCUUCUCUUAAGGGAAGGAACUGCAUUGAAUUAGUAACUACUAUUUUAGUCAAGCUUCCUUAAAUCGUUCCAGUAUGUGUCAGGGCUACAAUUUUGGGGGAGGGGCUAAUCCUUUUGCUGUUCUGAGCUACUAUUGUCAACUGCUGUUGUACAUACUGUUAUGUGUAAGGGCGUAAAUAUAUUUAUUAUGUUUGUAAAAUUCAUUCUGUACAAUUGCAGAUCAAGGUUGCUCUUCUGUGAUAUACAGGAUAUUAUGUUUUAAAGACCAUCUUGGAAUACAAUUAGAGAACUUAGUAUUUUGAUGUACUAAGACCUAUUUUAAGUUUAAUAUUUUACCUUUGCAAAAACUUUAAUUAAAGAUGUUAUUUAAAAAAGAGUAAAA